GGUGUGACUUCAGGGCAGUGGUAUUCCUGUUUCAGCCCUCCAAGUUAUUUCAGUAGCACCCUUUCCCCUUCCCUCCCUUACUAGUGCUGUAUACAUUCUACACAGGGGAAUGUAGACAUACUUUUUGAGAGAGCAAGAGUAUUACUAACCAUGGGACAGUUUCUAAGCUGGCUUCAACCCUUCAGGAACAAUCGGGCUUUACAAGAUGUUUCUGUGGAGCAGCAGUCUCAGCCCAAACAGACCACGUACAGCCCAAAAGCAGAGGCUGCCGACAGCAAGCCUUCGACAUUAGAGACUGCAUCAGUUCCUCCUGCUAAAGGCACACCUGCAGCUGGAGGAGGUACUUCAAGUGCUGUGACUGGACAAGCUAGUUUAGGUGCGGUCAAGGAAAAUCAGGAAGGGAACAUGUCUGCUUCAAAAAGCAGUGCUUCAAAAGGUGAAUGUGCAAAGGCUGCAAAAGCAGAAACUGGAGCAACAGAAACAUUAAGUUCAGUUGCAGCUGGUGGAGCAGCAAGGGCAGCUGCCAGCAAGGGGAAGACAGAGACAAAAUCCAAAGAGAUGUCCAAGAAUGUGUCCAGUUCUUCAAGCAAAGACAAACCUGCCAAAGUGGAGCCUGCAGCCCCUGUGUUAGCAAGCACAGCUGCAGCAUCUUCAGAGGGAGCCACCACGAAGGAGAAAUCAAAACAAAAAGCCCCGACAGAGGCUCCAAAAGACUCAAAGAAAGUGGAGAGCAAGAAGAAGCCUGCAAAGGACAUUCCCUCCUCACCACUGGCACCCCCUGCUGACAAAAAAGCCAAGGACAGCUCCCCAAUGUCCCCAGAUGCCCUUAGUGCUCUGGGAGAUCUGCUUCCUGCUGCAGAACCUGUACCUCAACCUCCAAAAAUCCAGCCUCGAGACAUUGUCCAGGAAGAGAAGCAUAAAUCUGAGAAAGGAGUGCGAGUAGGGGAGAGAGAAGACACCCUUCCAGCAGACUACAGAUUCACAGAGGAUAAGAUGAAAGAUUACCCCCCUCCACAGAAGGAGCCCUCACUGGACUCAGGGGAAGCCCUGGACAUCCUGUCUGGAGAUUUCAGUUGCCCUGCAGUGGCUGCAUCUGCUACUGAACCUUCUAAACAGUCAAGUCCAGAUGUUGCUGCUGUUGAUGCUCUUGCAGGAGAUUUUGUGGCUCCCAAAAAAGCUUCUUCUGUCCAGGCUCCUAUGAUUCCAUCUGCACAAACCCAACAGAAAAAUGUGUCCAGUUCUUCAAGCAAAGACAAACCUGCCAAAGUGGAGCCUGCAGCCCCUGUGUUAGCAAGCACAGCCGCAGCAUCUGCAGGGGGAGCCGCUGCGAAGGAGAAAUCAAAACAAAAAGCCCCGACAGAGGCUCCAAAAGACUCAAAGGACAGCUCCCCAAUGUCCCCAGAUGCCCUUAGUGCUCUGGGAGAUCUGCUUCCUGCUGCAGAACCUGUACCUCAACCUCCAAAAAUCCAGCCUCGAGACAUUGUCCAGGAAGAGAAGCAUAAAUCUGAGAAAGGAGUGCGAGUAGGGGAGAGAGAAGACACCCUUCCAGCAGACUACAGAUUCACAGAGGAUAAGAUGAAAGAUUACCCCCCUCCACAGAAGGAGCCCUCACUGGACUCAGGGGAAGCCCUGGACAUCCUGUCUGGAGAUUUCAGUUGCCCUGCAGUGGCUGCAUCUGCUACUGAACCUUCUAAACAGUCAAGUCCAGAUGUUGCUGCUGUUGAUGCUCUCGCAGGAGAAUUUGUGGCUCCCAAAAAAGCUUCUUCUGUCCAGGCUCCUAUGAUUCCACCUGCACAAAACCAACAGAAAGACAUCUCCAUGUCCCCAGAUGCUCUCAGUGCUCUGGGAGACCUGCUUCCUGCUGCAGAAUCUGUUCCUGAAUCUCCAAAAGUUCAACCUCAAGCCAUUGUCCAGGAAGAGAAGCUGAAGUCUGAGAAAGGAGUGCGAGUAGGUGAGAGAGAAGACACCCUUCCACCAGAGUACAGAUUCACAGAGGAUAAGAUGAAAGAUUAUCCCCCUCCACAGAAAGAGCCCUCAAUGGACUUGGGGGAAGCUCUGGACAUCCUGUCUGGUGAUUUCAGUUGCCCCACAGUGGCUCCAGCUACCACUGUUCCUGCUACAACUUCUAAACAGUCAAGUCCAGAUGUUUCUGCUGUUGAUGCACUAGCAGGAGAUUUUGUGGCUCCCAAAAAAGCUGCUUCUGUCGAGGCUCCUAUGAUUCCACCUGCACAAACCCAACAGAAAGACAACUCCCCAAUGUCCCCAGAUGCCCUUAGUGCACUGGAAGAUCUGCUUCCUGCUGCAGAACCUACACCUGAGCCUCCAAAAAUCCAGCCUCAAGAGAUUGUCCAGGAAGAGAAGCUGAAGUCUGAGAAAGGAGUGCGAGUAGGGGAGAGAGAAGACACCCUUCCACCAGAGUACAGAUUCACAGAGGAUAAGAUGAAAGACUAUCCCCCUCCACAGAAGGAGCCCUCAAUGGACUCAGGGGAAGCUCUGGACAUCCUCUCUGGAGAUUUCAGUUUCCCUGCUCCGCUUGCCACUGUACCUGCUACAACUUCUAAACAGUCAAAUUCAGAUGCUGCUGGUGGUGCUGCUGCUGAUACACUUGCAGGAGAUUUUGUGGCUCCCAAAAAAGCCUCUUCAGUUCAGCCUGCUAUGAUUCCAUCUUCACAAACCCAGCAGCAAGUUGCAGACAAGAAGGUGAAAUCUAAAUCAAAGAAACAAACACAAGGUGACACAUCAACGACUGACAAACGGACAGAGCAUUCAGGGACAGAUGUGGCAACUAAAACCCCCAGUAAGAAAAGCAGCAGAAGCUAAGUCUAAGGUUCCAAGAGGAAAUGUUCCCUGAUCCUUGACAAUAUAUGACAUAUAUGCUGAAGAGAACAGAUGUCACUUCCGUGAACUGCUUUACUAAACUUUAACUACUCUGCGGUUGAAGAUUAAAGUAUCCAAGAUAAAAAUGCACACCAUCAGCAAAGAUUUUCUUGCUUGCUUCUCCACUUUAGUCAUCUACAGUUGCCUUAUUUUGGUAGAAAAUCUUUACAUGAAUUAAAUCAAAAGCAAUUUUUUUUCAGAAAAGGAAUGGAAGAGUACAUAAAAUUCUUUUAUGUUUUGAAAUGGUGUUUUACCUCUUAAGGGGUGUUGGAAUGUCAAUUAUAUUGAGUGACUUAUGACAGUCUAUAAUGUAGGGUGUAUGGGUGAAAAUUAUCAAAUUAUAGCAAUGCAUGUAUAUGGAUAAUUUGAUUUCAAGGCAAUAAAAUUUUUUUACAAUAUAACUUUAACAGUCUGUUCACAUACUGUUAAUAUACAACUGAAACUGAUAAAUGCAUGCUUUUUUGUGUUACUAUGUGAAUAGUAAGAAAUAAAUAAUUACAAAAAAGUA